AUGUCUUCUCCGAUCUCCCAGAAACUUUCCCAUCCUCCCACCUCCAAAGCCAACGCGGCCUCUCCCAAAGUGACCUCGGAGGAUGUCGAACUGGGUCCUGUCCAAAAUGGCCAGGCGGUGCCCAGUAUACCUUUGGAAGAGGAUAUCAUGCAAUGCGCCCGAAUAGGUGCCCUCGAACACAUCCAGAAAAUGGUGGAAUCUGGCAAACACGACGCCAACUAUAAGGAUGAUGAGGGAAUCACUCCGCUGCAUUGGGCUGCUAUUAACAAUCAAUAUGCUGUAUGCAAAUACCUCAUCGAGCAGGGUGCCGAUGUGAACGCAAAAGGAGGAGAAUCCAAUGCCACCGCCAUUAUGUGGGCCUCGCAGAGGUGUCACUUUUAUAUCGUCAACCUUCUGUUGCAGAACGGUGCUGAUCCUCUUCUGACCGACGGUCAGGGUUACAACAUUCUCCACCUGGCAACAAUUGAUGGAAACGCGCUGCUAUUGAUUCUUCUUCUGCAACAAAAUAUCCCCGUCGAUAUUCCCGAUCCUCAAGGCCAUACUUCUCUGAUGUGGGCAGGAUAUAAAGGCUGGCCAGCCUGCGUGGAUCUUCUCCUCAAAUGGGGAGCCAACGUCAAUGCUACAGACGACAAUGGAUAUACACCCUUACAUUGGGCUUUGGUGAAAGGCUCCAAAGCCUGCUUAGACAAACUCAUCGAGUACGGUGCGGACAGAUUCGCAAAGACCAACGAAGGCAAGACGCCACUUAUCUGUGCCGAGGAAAUGAACACGAAACGAGUAUACCAACGCUCAUUAUCUGACCAUGGAUAUGACCUUUCUGGCAACGUCAAGACGCUCCCACUGAAACUCCACACCGUGAUCAGAGAUCGCUCGAAAAUGUCGAAAUUUUUCUUCUUGUACCCUUUUUUGAUCAUCAUGGUCGGCCUGUACAUUAUCAGUCACCUCAGCGUCUACAUUGGAGUUCCGUUAUUUUUGGUUGUUUGCCUGGGAAUGCAGUAUGCUGCGCAACGAAUUGCAAUGAUCGGACCUCUAGAAUUUCGAGCCAUCCACAAAACACCCUAUCUGGCUGGCAUAUUCGCGGGAACGCUCUUUUGGGUGGGAGUCAGUUACGUUAUGUCGGUACUCCCGGUCACGUUCUCAACGAAUCCGCUCACAUCCAUCUGCUUCAUCAUCUUAUACGCCGCCACAGCGUACUUCUACUUCCUCUCAAUGAUUGAAGAUCCUGGGUGGAUACCAAAGCUAUCUUCACGAAACCAACAACGUGCGGCGAUUGAUGAGCUAUUUUCCCUGUGGAAAUUUGACGAAGAUAACUUCUGCGUACAGUGUAUGAUCCGAAAACCCCUGCGCUCAAAACACUGUCGCCGGUGUAACCGAUGCGUUGCAAAACAAGACCAUCACUGUCCGUGGAUUGACAAUUGCGUGGGGAACAACAACAUCCGUCAUUUUUACAUUUACAUCCUCUGCAUGGCUAUUGGGAUCAUCCUCUACAUCCGCCUCGUCCUCUCUUACCUUACCCUCCUCCCACCACCUACCGACGACGACCUCGCUAAAUGCCAUGUUCUCUCUCCUUCGUUAUGUACCUUCGUCCUGCGGGACCCCUGGACCGUGGCACUCACAUUCUGGACUUGUCUCCAGCUUGUUUGGGUAGUCAUGCUGAUCGUGGUUCAAACGAUCCAGAUCUCGAAGAAUCAAACCACGUAUGAAAAUAUGAAGCGUCACGACAAAGUACACGACCACCAUCGACCCAUACUCCCGACUCACAAUCACCCCAUCACCCAAGGCGCAUCUGCAGCCGCAACUUCUCUGAACGACACGGCUGCCGCAUCGUCCCGCCUUCAGCCGGCUCCUCGCCGACCCGACGGUUGUUUCACACGGUGGACAAAGAUCCUCGGCCUCGAUGCAUUCAUGGUGACUGCGAGCGACGCAUCUCACGGUCAUUUGCAAUCUCGGAACUCCAACCCCUUCAGCCGCGGCAUCGUGGGCAACUGUCAAGACUUCUGGUGUGAUCCGGCCCCCGUGUUCGGCAGGAGGAAGAACGGAGUGGGCUAUCUAGGCGGAGAGGUGGUGGACUAUGCACACAUGUACGAGGUGCCCCUGAAGUUGAGGACCAGAAGGGGUGGGGGCAUGCGAUAUGAAAGUGUUGCCGGGGAGGAUGCAGACGAGAUAUGA